UGCACCAUUGCAUGUGGACAUUUAAGACUAGAUAAGAAUUCAGCGGUUGGUGGGAAUGAACUAUAAUACUUUACUCUUUCUUUAGUACUAAUCUACUCAAUCUACUCAAAUACUUGAAGGAACAAAACCAAGAAACUGGAUCUGAUCCUGAACUCAUGUCAUAGUCGCUGCUGUUCUAGUAAAAGGUCUCAUCUUCAAUCUCUAAUGAACCAUGGCCUACUACUACAACUCUGCCAAUUCUGGGUCUGAAUAUGGUGAGUACAAUUUCAACUCUUAUGCUGUCAAUUAUGAUUAUGCUCCUCAAGUUCCACCCUUUAUGAAUUACAAUAGCCAUGAGUACAAUCAAGUGAAUCAGCCAUAUUAUGGUUAUGAUCAAAGUUUGUGUUUUGCUCCUAAUUAUUACCCUGAUCAGUGUUACCAAAGGGUAUCAUACUCUGCCACCAAUUUUAGUGAACCAAAAUCACUUGUAUAUGAUCCUAAUUAUGGUAUGAGCCAGCUUGUGAUCUCUUACUCUAAAUUGGAAUUCAAUGAGCCUGAAUUUGAAGAAUAUGACCCAACGCCUUAUGGUGGAGGGUAUGACAUUGUUGAGACCUAUGGUAAGCCUUUACCACCUUCAGAUAAAAUUUGCCAUCCACGUUCUGAUGGGCCAAGUUCAAAUAGCAUCAUCCCCUUGGAUACUGUUCCUGCUGUGUCCAUAGUACCAUUGCCUACUGUGAAAGAGGGAAUUGAUGAGAAGGCCAUCAUACCCCAGAAUGGAACUGCAGGACAAAUGCUUGAAGACAAGCCCCAAUCACAAGAUAUUAUUAGCACUGAUCAGCCAAAGGAAGUAGAAAACAAUAGGCAUGUCACUUUUGAUCUAAAGGCUGAUGAAGGGGAAGAAGACAGUGAGGAAAGUGAUGAUGAAGAUGAUUACUCUUCUGAGUCUGGUAAUGGAUACAGUGGAGUACAGUAUGAUGAGCAUGAGAAGCAAGUGCCUCUGCAAUAUCCUAGUGGAUAUGGGUUGGAAACUGUGGACAUUUGUGAAAGCUUGUUUGGGAAUUGGCCUUGUUUGUCUAGAAUGAAGAGAGAACAACAGCAAGCUUUGGGUGGAAACAAUUGCCAGGACAACAUGUGGCAAGGGACUGCAGACUAUCUAUUUGGCAAUCCAUAUCCAUAUGGUGGGAGAGGGGAAGAUGGGAGUAGCUAUGGAGGAAACCUUGUCUAUGGCUAUGAAAGGCAUUAUCCAAGUCAAGCACAGUGCUGGCAGAUUGAUUAUACUGAUAAAUCUUGGUGAUACAAGAAAACAAUUUGUUCACAUAUGUAUUGAAUAAGUUUAAGGUGCAAAGGUUGACUUUGUUGUAAUAAAUGUAAAAAUCUUGAAUGAGAGACAUGAAAAGAAUAAAAUUUCAUGUUUGGUUUUCUGCAA